CGGCGAAAGAACGAAUAGCUCAACCGCCCUUCGCCUCCUUUUGUUGAACUGCCGCUCCUUGCGAAUCAUGGCGCCAUCGCUGUGGAAAGGGCUUGUCGGCGUCGGCCUCUUUGCCCUAGCCCACGCUGCCUUUUCAGCUGCUCAGCAUCGUUCUUAUAUGCGACUAACAGAAAAGGAAGAUGAAUCACUACCGAUAGAUAUAGUUCUUCAGACACUUCUGGCCUUUGCAGUUACCUGUUAUGGCAUAGUUCAUAUCGCAGGGGAGUUCAAAGACAUGGAUGCCACUUCAGAAUUAAAGAAUAAGACAUGUGAUACUUUAAGGAAUCAUCCAUCUUUUUAUGUGUUUAAUCAUCGUGGCCGAGUGCUAUUCCGGCCUUUGGAUGCAACAAAUUCAUCAAACCUCGAUGCAUUGUCCUCUAACACAUCAUUGAAGUUAAGAAAGUUUGACUCACUGCACCAUUAAGCUUUUUACAAAUUAAAUAACAGGACAGACACAGAAUUGAGUAUUGGAGUUUGGGGUGUAAAACUUCCCCCAACAUCAGUAUUUAUAUUGCUAUUUCAGAGCUAAUAAAAAUAAUCUGUGGCCCUUGUUUGUACAUUGUUGAAAUCAAAUGGUGUAUAAGUUAUCUGUGAAAUGAGUCUUUGAGGUUUCGUAUAGCGGUUUUUUGUUCAUUUAAUACAAUUCCCAUGUUUUGUAAAAGUCACUGUUUCGAGCACAUUUCCCAGAAAAAUGUUGGGAUUUUUGUGAUUA